AUGGAAAAUGGUAACCGUAUACUCGAACUCACAAAUAAGCAACGUGAGGAGCAAGAGAGACAGUUGCAACGCAUGAGACAAGAAAAAGGACAGAUAGAAAAAGUAAUUGAGAACCGUGAACGCACCCACAAGAAUCGCAUCAAGCAGCUCGAGGAUCAGAUCGCCAUUCUACGCGAUCAACUUGACGGGGAACGCAGGCGACGCAGAGAUUUCGUCGAUCGCUCCUUAGUGAACGAUAUUGGACGCCUUGGAGGUACAGUUCUUGGCAUUAGAAGCUACGGUGAUAGCAACCUCGAUGCUAUACUACACGGUGGAAGCCGCUCCGUCGGAUUUUUGCCACGCUCGACAUUCGCAUCGAACCCCCUAACCCCACCUCUUGGGACGUCGACACCCACGCACAGCAGAACUCUUACCGACUACCGUGAAACGGCAACGUCAUACAAUCGCCGUGCCGAUGACACUGGUAUGGAAGUGAUAAUCACGAGUAAAUCACCAGACACAGACCCCCCAGCGGUCCCACAUGCGGGAUACACCCUUAAAGUUUCACCAAAAGAAUCGGCUUCAAUUUUCAUACCGAGUUCGGUCUAUGGCGGAUCCGUACGCGACCGUGACUCAGUCUAUGGUGGGGGCGGAAAUGGCGGUCGUGACAGUGUAUACGGAGGACGAGACAGUUCAUUCGGACGCGACUCAGUCCGCGAAAAGGACCCCUCCGUUGUAGACAUACCCCUGAAUCAAGGAGAGAGUUCCAUGCAGUCGUCAUCCAUGAGCUCUACCCAACAGGGAUCCAAGUACGACACGCUUGCACCCAAUAGGGAUGACCUGUAA